ACUGAAAGUGAGGUAAAAGCAGAAACGCUCCCUGUCCAGAUGAUCUAGAACCAAGACAUCAGUGUAAAUCCUAGCCUGCUGAUGAACAAAACUAGCUAGAGGUUCACCAAUUAAGUCCUAGAUCAUUCUAACAUCUACCAAUAUCUACCAAAAUCAUGUCACAAAGACGGGACUCUCAAGACUCCGGUGCCUUGUUGCCUGGCACAGGGCACUCUCCAAGCUAUGGCAUCAAUGAGAGUAUUGACCUGGAGGGAUCCAAUGUUGAGAGCUCCGGGAGGUCUGCACCUUCCGUGAUCCAGUCAAUUGUCAACCCCUCCAGUGGGGAGAGAGUGUGGGCAGUGGCUAUGUGCUCCAUCAUUGCUUGUAUUGCUGCUAUUGUCAAUGGAAUCGUCAUCGGGUACUCCUCACCAACUCUGUCCCAGCUUGGCUCCAAUCAUACAAAACUGCACGACCCUGGCCACUAUAUUGAUCCAGAACUUCGAAUAGUCAGCUUGUUUGGUGGAUUCAGUGCGGUUGGUGCCAUCUUUGGUGGUCCUAUUGCUUGGCCCUUGUCUGAAAAGUUUGGACGAAAGGCUACUCUGAUGCUCAGUGGACUGCCAUCGGUCAUUGGAUGGGUGCUCAUCGCUAAUGCUCAACACUUCCAGUAUUCUGCGUUUUUAGCUGUACUCUUCAUUGGACGAUUCCUGACUGGUGUUGCUGUAGGCUGGGCAGUCUUUGGAAUCUCAGUGUACAUCUCUGAAAUUGCUUCAGCUAAACUGAGGGGACUGUUUGGGAACUGUAAUCAGCUGUUUGUCACCAUUGGUAUCUUCAUUGCUGAAUUGUUUGGGGUAUCCUUCAGCGGUUACCCUGUACCCUACUGGGUUGUGGCUUUGAGUGUGGCUCUUCUGAUAUUUGUGUUUGAAGUAUUGAUGCUCUUCACGUACGAAACACCUCGAUGGCUCUUCAGCAAAGGUGAUGAGUUUCAAGGAAUCCAUGUUUUGAAAAUUCUCCGUGGACCAAAUGCAAACAUCACUGAGGAGAUUGAUCGCACGCGACAUGCUGUUAGGAAGACGUACUCUGUAAAAGAACAAUUUAACGAGUUUAAGAAUCGGUCGGUGUACUUUCCUUUCAUCAUUGUGUUGUUCCUAAUGUUCUUCCAACAGUUCAGUGGCAUCAAUGCAGCGAUUUUUUUUGCUGCUCCAAUUUUGAAAUCGAUGAAGUUCGAUACUGAAACUGCAAAUAUCAUUGCAUUGGGAGCUGUUGGAGCUACACAGAUCAUUGCUACUCUUGUUGCUGUUAUUCUCGUUGAUUUCCUGGGCAGGAGAGUUCUGUUACUUGCCAGUGGAUUGGGAAUGGCUGUGAGCAGUUUAAUGUUCUCUGGUUUCUUUUUUGCACUUAACAGGAAUGAUGAUCCAAUAGGACCAUUGGGUAUAGUUGGCAUGGUUUUCUUUAUUGCAAGUUUCUCCCUCGCCUGGGGCCCAAUUCCGUGGUCAAUGAUGUCUGAACUUCUACCAAAUCGUGUUCUCACCCUGGCAGGAAGUAUUGCUACCCUUGUCAACUGGACUUUCGCAUCGAUUGUAGCCCUUGCUUUUCAAGAUAUUCAAAAGGCAAUCACCACUGAAUGUGCUUGGUUAUUUUUUGCUGUUGUCAUGUUUGGGAGUAUUAUAUUUGUGCUUCUUUUUGUACCAGAAACCAAAGGUCGAUCACUUGAGGAGAUUCAAGAGCAUUUUGAGAAAGGAGAAAUUUUUGCCUUGUCGUGCCUUCGAAGGAAAUCAAAGAAAAGCCAUUCACAGGGCAAUCGCAGUAUGUUGUUGUCUAUCACAUCCGUGAGUGGCUAUGGUGCAGUCGAUUAAUUAAUGGACGAUCAUAUAAUAAUACAAAUUUUGUGUUAUUGUUUCAGUUGAAUUGUGUGAGAUUUACAGUAGUAGAUCUGUAGGUUGUAUUAUUUAUUUAUAUUGAAUCAAUUUUACCAUAAUGUCUUUGAUAUAAUUAUUGAUGUUGUACAA